AGCAUGUAGCAAUUUAUAAGCAAUUGCUACAAACUUCAAAGGUUACUGUAAAGUUUCAGAAUUUCGUAUAUUUAUCGAGUGGAAUCGUUAUAUUGUUCGAACAUUUAAAAGAGGAUAUAAUUUAAUGUGGCUUGAGCUAGUUGUUGCAAGGUCGCAUAUUAUAUAGAAUCCCGCGUAGACAUAGUAAAAUAUGUCCGACGUUGGGUAGCUCACCGUGGCUGUUAUUAAAUUGGAUAUUAUAAGGAAGGACUUCGCUGUUCACUGUUCAGUCAAUAGUAAAAGCAGAAUUUUUCUACGAUGAAGUCAAAUACUAAACAAAUGCAUCACUGGAUUUUAUUUACGGUGUUUCUUGUCGAAAUUAAUAUCUUCAUUGCACCAGUUGAAGGUAAACACGCGGGCAAUUCAUUUUGUUUUGAUUUGAUCGCUACACGGUUUCUAGUUCACAUUAUAUCAUAUAAUUUGUUUUUUAGGCCAGUGCGAGUGUUCUACGUGUGUUACAAAUUGUUUGGCUUCUCUGCGAUGUAGUCCGGGCGAAUUUCUUGUUGGAAAUGCAAGUUCGUGGGCCUGCUUCGGAUGUCCUACCGGUCAUUUGUGAGUAAUAAUUAAUAUUUUGUAAUUCAAACAUUUAACAUUGCCGGGCAAACUGCAUGCAUACCGUGAAAUAUUAUUUUGCCUCAUAAUCAAAUAGUAAUAUGAAAGUCUAAUUAAACUCGGAGUAGAUUUUUGAGCGCAGAAAAAGUUUUACAAGAUAUGUUGAGUUGGAUUUUAAGUGCGCAUGUUUUCCUUAGCUACGAAAUUAUGUCUAGGAAAUAUAUUUAGUUAAAAAUAAUUUGGAAUUUAAUAUGUGCGACUGUUUAAAUGAUACAUUUUAUUUAAUGACUAUAGUAUUAACCUAAGGUCUACUGCAAAGGGUUCAAAAAGUUUGCAAUAAAAUUGAACAAGGCUAAAUCACGGUUUGGGACAGAAAUAUUAGACAUAUACUGUAGUUGGCUGUGUUGUAUUAAUUAUGCAUGAUUAUGCAAUUAAAAUGUAUAAUCCAAUAUAGAACAUAAUCCAUAUUACUUUCUGAAUCCAUAACUUCAAUGGGCUAAAUAUAUACCUUUAAUCUUUAAAUAGACCAUUAUAUCUUGUUGAGAAGCUGAAGUUCAGUCUGUUACAUUUUUUGGAGGGUGCCUCGAUCCUGCCCCAUUGACUUCCUAUUGAUGUCCCUGUUUUUAUUGUAUGUUUUUUAACAAUUUGUCAUGCAGCCAUACAUUUACUAUGAAACAAAAUAUUUAUACAAACACCACCGAUCUCAAAUAUAGUUGACUUGAUAACAUUGGAAUUAGGAUCUUAGGAAUCAUUGGAAUUAGGGGGAUUACUGGAGGUUGUUCCCCGGGGAUAAGUCCCUGGGAAUAAGUCCCCGGGGAUAAGUCCCCAGGGAAAAGUCCCCGGGAUAAGCCCUCGGAUAUAUAUCCCUGGGGAUAAGUCUCCAGAGAUAAGCCCUCCGGGGAUGAGUGCAGGUACUGUUGAGUGUGGUACUGCAAAGCCAAUAGAUAUCUCACAGCAGAAUUGUACAAAUUUAAUCUAAUAAUUUAUCCCUACUAUAUUAACUUCCGCAGUUAAUGUUAGAACUACGUGAUUUGCAGAAUGGCGUUUUACUUCUGUACAAUUAAUACAUUUAGACGACUUUAGAACAAGUUGUUUAUUUAUUACAUUUUUUUGGAUUCUCUGAAUUUAUGAUGGAGAGCACGAUCGGUCUGACGUGAAUACCGGGAGAUUGUGUUCGUUCACCGGGAGACCGGGAGGUAAGGUUCCAAACUGGGAGACUCCCGGUGAAACCGGGAGACUUGGCAUGACUGAUCGUUAGAAGCAUAUCUCUCCACUCAGAGUGUCCCUCAUUGUUCAGUGUCUUGGGUUGCUUCUGGCGGGGCCGUAGCUAAACACGAUAAUUGGGGGGUGGGGGUGUAUAUUCAUAUAUUCAUGUAACUUCAAUGUAUGCUGUACCUUAAAGGAGAUCCACAUGUUUAUCAACCUGUGACUGUCAUGUCUUGUUAAAAUAUGUUAAGUAAAAUUAUUAAUUGAUUUGAUUGAUUGAUUUAUUACUCUAAUUGUUGAAUGGUUUAUUUCAUUUUCAUAGUUGUUCUGGUGGUCAGAAUGCAUCUGAAGUUUGUCCUGUUGGAACAUACAAUACUUUAACUCGGCAGUCUGAUCAGCUUGCCUGCAAGGUUUGUUGACAAAUGGAGGGUGGUAAUUAAAUGUGGGCUAUUGCAGACCUCUCAACUCUCACACAUUCGGCGUGAGUCUCAUGCAAUUCACUUCACUCUCAUGCUCUCACGCCACGUUUAGUAAAUCUCACGCAUAUAGCAGUUUCAUAGUAUUUUUUCAAUAAAUAAAUAUAAUAUUGUAUUCUUAAAUGCACAUAAUUAAUCAUUAUACGGAUCGCGAGUCGAAUAUAAAUCGUGUGUUAUUGUUCCUGCAUAUACGGCCCGACAUUUUGGCUUUUGCCCGCAAUUUGGAUACAAAAUAGUACGCAUAUGUAAAUACGGCGCACAAAAGGCAGAAUCAGUCGGAGCAGAAUUCUAUUUGUAAAUUAUCAAAGGCAAAUUAAAGCUCAUUACUGUAUGUCACAGAAAUACAGUUAUUGUAACUGAAGUCCAAAGUGCCUUAAUUGUCUUAAAGGAUGUUAUGAAGCAAUGACGUAUUUCAUUAAAACCACCAACUCUCAGAAUGUGCGAAAUGCCAUUUCAGAGAGGGCCCUGAAGGGGUAAAAUGGGAACUGGGAUUGAUCUAUUUUUAGACUGGGAAAAUGGGAUUUGGGUUGCUGGGACUUGCCACUGGGAAUGGGAAAUGAAGUCCUCAAAAAUGGAAAUGGGAUUGAGGUAAUGCGAGUCGAUUCCCAAUUUUUCUACGUUUUAAGUAUUUUAUAAUGGUGUAUUUUAAGUACUUUGGCAGUGGCAUAUUAGCGCUCAUUGGUUAGGGUUAGUUCAAAAACUAAGGGCCCCCAACAGUUAGGGGCCCCCAUCAGCCACAGUCUAUCGCCCAGAAAAUUGGAAAACGUAAAAAAUGCAGGUGAAGAAUCAAUGGAAAAUGCGAAAUUAAUGUGCUACAUAAUAAAGCCUCCAUCGACGACGGUAGCUGAUUUUUUUAUGCCAUCUCAAAUUAAACAAAAGUUAUUCAUAAAAGUUGUUACAUAUGUUGGAGACUGUUAUUGUUAUUGUUAUAGACACGGAAUUUUCCAGAACAUUCUAUAAAUAUUCAAUAUAAAUAUAAUAUCUCAGUCAAACAAUGACAACAGGGGCCCCCACACAGAAUAUGCCCAAGGGGCCCCCUUCCUCCGUUACGCCACUGGUCUUUGGUCAUGAUUUUUGUUGUUAACUAUAUUAUUCACAGCACUACCUGCGAACAGGCAUACUCUGGCACACAGAAUUCUGGGUUUUCUGAUUAUGCGUGUCUCAGAAUGCUGCAAAUGCCAUUUCCAGGAUUCAAAUUUAAAAAUUUUCCAUGCCUUUGGCACGAACCCCCCCCCCCAAAUUUCAUAAAUGGUCCACCACUUGCACACACGGUGGCUUAAAAGGUCUUAAAACUGUUUAUUCUAGUGAUAAAUAAAGGUUUUUUUAUUGACUGGGAUUUCAAUAACUCGGACUGGGAUUUCUAAUAAAAAUCCACCUGGGACUGGGAUUUUGCCAAAAUUUCAGGUGGGAAAUGGGAUUGGGACCCCUCUUCAGACCCCCGGACUUUUACAAAGGUGUCAUCCACAUCCCCAAUCUCACUCUUAACUUCUCUGCAAAGUUGAGAGGUCUGCUAUUGAUCAUUUUCACAUAUAACAUGAAUAACUUAAAUUAUGAUUCACAGGAAGUAAACAUGAGAAUUCAUGCUUUACAAAAGUAGCCGUUACCAGUCCUAAUUCUAACUAUGGUAGUGCAAAUGAUUUGAGUGUCAGUAAUGUAAUGUUGCAGGCAUAACUGAAUUAUGAUAACCAUUUUUUAAAUGAUAUAUACUGCAGUGUGUCAAGUAAACAUUGUCAAGUGUGUGUGAUUUUGCAGAUUAUUAUGCAGUUAUGUAGUUCAAAGAUUUGGUUAUUUUCGAGUCAGAACCCAAAAGGAGCUUCCACUCUUGCCGCAUGUUUCAUUUGCCCAGUGCUCACAUCUUGCCUCUGGAGCACUCAUAUUCUGCUUCAGUCCACUCUGUUUACAUUUUGCAUCUGCUCUUUUCCUGUCCCCAGUAUACCUCCACUCUGUCCACAUACUCAGCAUCUGUGCUACCUACAGUACAAUCCUGGACAAAACCAUCUGCGACACCCUAUUAACAUUCUUUUGUGGCUUUUUUUACCAGUUAGACUGGUGUAAUUUACUAGUUUGCCCCCCUCCACCCCCAAAAACAAUGUUGGACGUUUUAUUCGUAUUCUACGAAUGCAACCAAGUACAUUGCAUUUGUAGAAAGGGGGAGGUUUUCUGAAUUUACGAUAAUAUUACGACAUUUUGUCAAGUAAUUGGAAGUGUCGCAGAUGUUUUGUUCAGGAUUGUAGUUGUCAUCCAGCCUCCAAAAACCUGUCUCUUGUAUCUGCUUUGCUAAUUUCUGGCUCCACAGCACCUGCGUCCUGUUCAGUAGAAUUACAAUUAGACCAACAGUGCAAAUACAAGUGCUGAAACUUCACGGUAAAUUUACUAUUUUCCAUGAUUUUUGGUUUGGAUAUAUGUAUUGUCCAUAUUAAAUACCUGUAGUGACAGUGGAUUAUUCUUGGGUAAAUGCAUCACAUUAAGAUUAACACUGUCUGGCAUUGCUUGUCAUGCUUUUAUAUCUACUAUCGAAGUGUUAAACAUGAUAAAUGAUGUUUGGUUCCUUACUUACCAUACCUGCUGAUUUUAAACUUUCCUACUGUAUGCAUUCAUUGCAUUGACUGAGAUAGUGAUAUUUAAACAGAAUUUGUUAUCACAAUUGAACUAGUUACAACAGUAAAUCUCCCCAUAGAGACUGGAGAAUCAGGGGCAUAACUCGAGGGAUGUGUGGAGGAUUGUAACACCCCCAAAUGUCUGUUUGACUCGGCAAAAAUCAAUUGCCUUGUACCCAGGUGUGCAGUGCCAAAGCAGCAAAUUUAAUAUUAAUUUAGUGCCAAAGAGUGGCUCGAAAUAAAAAGUAAUAGUUAUAGCAAAAUCUUUGCUAAAUUUACGAAAAUUAUGGAAAAAGUUAACAAAUUACGGAACAUUUAUUUAGUGGGAAAGUUUGUGAAAAAUGGUAUCCCCCUGCUCUCCAACAGUUUUGGGAAAAAUAUUAAUUAGCUACUGAAAUGUUGUCGGCAUAUGCGAUACCACCCCCCCCUUUCCUUUAGCCUUUUUGCUGCGGCCCUGUGAAGAAUACCGUUUCUGUUAAACCUAUGAAAGUUUGCGACGCUCUAAAAAUGGGUAUGACUAAAGGGAGAGUUACCAACUGGAGAGUUAUCUCGGAGAGUUAUGAUUUCGGAGAGUUAUGUUCAAACCACGCCCACUUUCCCCAACGACCACACCCAAUUUCUUAACUCUCCCGACGUUUCCUUGAACUAACAUGAGAGAGUUAUGUUUGACGUAACUCUCUCUCUCGUUAACAUUAUGAAGAUGUUAGAGAGUUAUCAUUUUUUAUAACUCUCCGCGUUCACUGUUAUGGCAAUGAAGAGAGUUAAGUCAGUUUUUUGAGAAAACCUUAGUAAAGCUUGUUUCUUCAGAUUUUCAUCUUAUAUUUUGGUAUUUCAGUUUGUAGCGUGUCAAUAGCGUGCGUCCAAACAGGAAAUACAAAUUGACUCGGUCAAAACAAUGAGAUGCUUGCAUCAGAAGGGUCAAAAUACCCCCAGAAGCAAGCUUUGACGUGUAUUUGGCAGUAAAUACGGUAAGCAUAGUUGCAAGAAAAUUGAAUCUUUCAGCAAUUCAGGUAUUGGAAAUACUUUCCCAGAUCAGCCAAGAGGGCAUUACAUUGGAAAGGUUUUCUGGUUCUAUCUAUACGAGAGCUGUAUCUGAAUGCUGGUUAUCCAAGUGAGCAUGUAUAUUUAUAUAAACAUUUACAUAUAGAUGAACUUGGUAAGUACUAAAGUACUAUUAGUUUCUACUAGCGUGAAAUGUUAAAGUUGACACUUCAGAUAAAAGUAAAUUUACAAAAAUUUACUAAUAUGUGGAAGUUUUUUUCACAAAACUGACUUAACUCUCUUCAUUGCCACAAUCAUGAACGCGUUGAGUUAUAAAAAAUGAUAACUCUCUAACGUAUCUUUAUAAUGUUAACAAGAGAGAGUCACGUCAAACAUAACUCUCUCAUGUUAGUUCAAGGAAACGUCGGGAGAGUUAAGAAAUUGGGUGGGGUCGUUGGGAAAAGUGGGCGUGGUUCGAACAUAACUGUCCGAAAUCAUAACUCUCCGAGAUAACUCUCCACUUCAUAACUCUCCGUUUAGCCGGUCCCCUAGUUAAUGCGUCUGCGUGCCCUCAGACGCAAAUUGGAUACACGGUACGCACACGACGGACGCACCUGCGCGCACCGCAGACGCACGAGAUUACACUCACUCACACCAUGGAUAAUUAAAAAAGUAUUUUUAUGAUCUAUCAUCUAUGCCCACACCCAUAGACGUACAGCAGACGCAAAAUACCCGCAUUUUUUGAGAUAUGUUUUUCCUGGCAGUACUGUAAGAAAGCAUGACUGAUGUUAAUUACAGUAGUAAGCGUUGUUGAUACGAAAAUAUGAUUUAUUGUAGGACUGUCCCACUGGCCAUUAUUGUCCAACUCCUGCUGCAUCGCCAAUUCCUUGUGAGAAUGGAUUUUACACGGAUACCCUCAAACAGACUAAGUGCUCUUUAUGUCCAGAAGGUUAUCAGUGUCCAAGUGCUAGUGACAAACCAACACCAUGUGCUUCUGGACAGUAUAGUCAGGCUGGUAAUAGCACAUGUUCAUCAUGUCCUGCGGGGUAUGAAUGUCUUAAUGGUAAGUCUGUUUCACAGACUACAGUUAGUCAGUGGCGGAAACUUCGCGAAAUAUGGGGGGGGGGGGUAGUGCCGAAGACACGAUAUUUGUAGGGAGUAUAGGGGAAUGCUCCCCCCGAAAAUUUGGAUCCCUGAAAUGGCAUUUGCAGCAUUCUGACAGCAAAUUUCAGGUUUUCAAAACAUUAAUUUAAUGGUGCAUUUUGCUGUAAAUCAUAUGCUAAGCAUAAAAAAAACGUCAUUUCAGAUCGAGAAAAUAUUCUAGAUGAUUAAAUACAUCAGUGAAUGGAAUUGCAAGGUUGUUUAACUCUUUCUCGACAAGUCCCGCGCAUCGUCAGCUUCUAGAAGCUGACGACUUUGUAUAUUCAUGUCUUCGGUUCAGUGCAUGCUAUGAAGAUUAUAAUACCACCAUUCGAUUAAGUGAGACAAUAUCAACUAAUUCCUCACGGUAGUUUUAGUCAUUGCCGACAUUGUAGCGAUUUAUGGCCUUUGAAAGUCAAGCGAGAUCGUAUACUAUGAAUUUACGCAAUUGUCUGAACGUAAUAAUACCUUUCCUUUCAUAUACCAUAUACCUUUCGACAAACAUAACUUCUGCCCCUUCGGACGUAUCUCCUCUGUAUAAAUAGUCUUGUUCGAGUCGCUAUUAAAAACACUAUUUAGAGUGUCAUUUUCGAGCCUGUAUCUUCAAAUUUGCAUCUUUAUCACGGUAUUUCCAUUUCUGAUCCGACUGUGACCUAAUCCCAACCAGAAAUACAAUUAAAAAAAAAAAACACGUCAAAACAAUGCGACGUUUCUAUCGUAUGACUCUGGAAAUGCCAGGAAUCGAUUGUAAAGGUCAAGUGCACCUGUAUGCUUGAUUUUUGACGUCUUCCGGCUACGGGAGCUUCUUAUUAGCCAAAGUAUAGCGCGUGACACGCGCGAUACAUUUUCGAAAUGAAAGCUAGCUAAAAUUAUUGGGGGGGGGGGGGAGAGUCACCCCCUUGCCCCCUAAUUUCCGCCACUGCAAUUAGUACAUAAAAAUAGCUUGAUUCCAGAUUUUAACAUGACAUUCUACGAACUUGACCGAUGCAACGGUACCCAUGCAAGGGCAAUUUGCGCGCAGGUUUUAAGUACUACUUAAUAUGUACAUUUUAGCCAGCUUUUUAAUGUAUCAAGUGUACAUCGCCACUGGCGAACAAUUCACUGAGCUGCUAUCCGGGUAGCCUGCGUAGCUGGCUGUUUUAAAGGGUUGGAUUUGAGGCGCAUGCAGCAAAAAUUAAGGAGGCAAUGCUCACCAACCCCUUAAGAUCGUUGUCGUCUGUUGCAAACAGCCUACUUGCGUGGACCAUGUAGCCUAACGAGCCUUCACCAGGAGGCCUGAGGACGAGGGUAGGUUGUCUUGCUCUCGAUGCAGUAAUGAAUAUAAUUGAAAUUUUCUUCCACCUAAUGACAUUUUAAAUUUUCUACCACCUAAGUUAGCGUUUCUUUUUGCAUAGAAUAUGAAAGAAGUCGCUCAUCAAUUAAAAUUAAAAACCCUAAUAAAUUUUGUUGCUGGUGUGUGCGGAAUGUCAUUUAUUUCACGUCAUGGUGUUUGCCAAAACCAUACAUGUCAAAUAUUUCUUGUAACUUAAGAAGUACAAAUCAAAGCCGUAAUCGUUUCAUUGUUCAAAAUGUUGAUCUUGUCCAUACUACCUGUAGUUGCUGGAAAGUAAGAGUGUAAGUGGUGUAGUGACGUCAUCGUCACAUUUGGACACUUCUUUUAUUUCUUUGGUGUCUAUAUUAGAGAGGUAGACCAUAAUGUAUUGCGGCCUUUAAAGGUACGUUUACACGCUGCGAUUUGUCGGGCCGAUUUUGCUCGCUGUAUGUAAAUAACCUGUCGCGAGUACUCGCGUCGGCACCUUGCGAUUCACAAAAUCGGGAGAAAAAUCUGUAACACUAGCACAGAUUUUUCUCACGAUUCAACGAUUUUUCUUCCGUUGUAAAGUUGUUGAAAACUUUUCGCACGCAGAAAACUAUAAUAUGAACAGACGAGAGAGCGGACCGCUUCAAUUGAACGUUUAAAUCGCUAAAUGUCGAAGAAGGGGUAUCGAUUAUUUACCAAAAUCGGCCCGACAUUCGCAGCGUGUAAACGUAGCUUUAGAUGUCCUUGCUACAUUGCUGUUGUUGAAGACUGUCAUUACCAAUUGAUAUGCAUGCAACAACAUGUACAAUUCACAAUACAACUUCUUUGCUAAUUUAAGGAACAACACCGAGAGAGUGCCCAGCAAAAACCUAUGGAUCUCUUGGUUCGGAGAUGUGCAUUGAAUGUCCGGCUGGGUUUAAAUGCAGUCGUGCGGGGCUUGCCGCUCCUGAAGAUUGUGAGGAAGGCUAUUAUAAUAGCGCUAAAGGUCAAGACGCGUGUACGAAAUGCGAAGCUGGCAGAGAAUGCAUGAAUGGAAGGGAGUCCAUACCGUGUCAAGCAGGUUAUUACAGCCGUGAAGGAGAAAGAAAUUGUACCAGAUGUCCAUCUGGAAUGUAUAGUAGGUCGUCGGCCUCGUAUUGUAUUCAGUGUCCGGCGGGAAACGAGUGUAUCGAUUCUUCACUCCCUGUUAAUUGCUCCGAAGGCUACGUUUCAUCGAAGGGUGAUGGUGUGUGUAAGUUGUGUGAUGUAGGUAGGUACAAGUUUUAUUAUCAGUAUUGUCAUUCACAGUACAAAAUUACUGAAUUCUGAUUGGUUGAGGGGAGUGCAAUUACCAUUAUUAAUUGUAUUUCGUUCUUUAGUACAAUUAAUAAAUCGGGCGGGUGAGUGAGUAAAAGUAUUGAAUGGCGCGGGGUUUAACAUGGGUGCGAGUUUUUUCUUUUCACAAUUUAAGGAGUUUUAUUUUAUUAUUUAAUGAAAUAAAAUUCAUAUUUAAAUACAUUGUAUGCAAAUGAACACAGUGAAUAUACAGAAUUACUGUUUUUAAGUAGUAGAACAAUGCAGUGCGUUUUGGAAGGCAUACAUCAAGGACAUGCAAAUAAUAAACAAACCGUGAUAAACAAAUUAUGAUUCACUCUUUUAUUCAGGAACAUUACUGUAUUUUCAGGAACACUAAGCUCUUCCACUCGAACGGGUUGUUUUCCUUGUCCAGCUGGAUAUUAUUGUUCUGAUCCCACGUAAGUUAUUAUUGAUUGCUACAUUUUACACGAAACAAGGCAACGGUGGGUCAGUGUUUGCGCCCUUGCGUCCUUACCUUAAUUGUGUCUAAAAUCAACACACAGCAAAAGCUUAUAUUAUAUAUAAUAAAAAAAAAUUAUGCACUAUUGCUUCCCACAGUGGCGAACGGUUUUUGAGUAUGUUUAGAAUCACGACAGCCCCUUUCCCCUCGAUCAUGCAUGGUUACGGGAAAUGUGACAACCAUAUGCACCCCUCCAGUUGUUGAUGGGAUGUUACGGUUAACAUUUCUAUAGCGCGAGUUUACAUGUGGGUAUGAUCAAAUGUGCUUUACAUCAAGUAUUACGCUUACGUAAUUACAUGCUCAGCCUAGACUAUUUUAUCUUUACAUUUACAACAAUUAUGAUAUUACUUUCCUUAACUGUGUCUAUCCUAAUCAUGCACCCUGUCAACUUUCCCAUGUUCAUGCACUACAGUAUCUUCACCAUUCGCCUGCAUGUUGGUUAUAUGCGUACUGUAUACGCAUUGUCACAUUUGUUCUGUUUGCAUACCAUUUUGCAGGCUUUCGAAAGUUGCUUGUCCAGCUGGUAUGUAUUCACUGGGUGGUGCAAAGUUCAACUGUACAGCGUGUCUUGCUGGAACUGUUUGUCCCUUUACGGCGUCCGCACCUGUACCAUGUACUGGAGGUAAAUUUUCGUAGCUACCAGAUUCAGUACUUACAAUAUUAAAGAUAAAUUGAUUAAGUCCGAAAUUUAGGCAAUUAGCCUUUCUCGGGCCAUGCGACCAGUCCUUGUCUGCCAUUUUUGGGUGGCAAACUACACGGGGAAAAUAGACAGCAACAAGCACGAAAGGACAGAAUUUAGUGAAGUAGAAAAACAGUACUAUUAUAAUUGUUUAUGCAUGAGUGCCAUUUACAAUCACUAAAUCACUCCUUUACUUGUUGUUAUCCUUUGUUAUUAUGCGGCUUGCCACCCAAAAAUGGCGGAUAGGCCUGGUAGCAUGACGUCAGGAGGGCUAUGUAAUUACACUUGAAAUGGAAAGCAAGUUCUACAACCUCACAACCGCAGCUGGUUCAUUGAUACUGUGAUUAUCUUUUUUAGUACUCGGAAAGCAUUUUAUAUAAUGCCAAUGCUUUGAGAAACACAUGUAGCAAUUAUCAUGGCUUUGUUGACUACCAUAUAUGCAAUUAUAUUUUUGAAAUGAAAAUUACGACCAGUUCAGAACCGACUGAAUACCUGCUGAUAUAUAAGAACCGUACCAUUUCAGUCUUUUAUGCGGUGUUUUACUGUACGUCCAAUUACUGCGCAAAUCUAGCGGGGUUAAGCGAUUGCAUGCAGUGUCUUCUUUAAUUAAACAAAUAGUGAACACAUUUGUAGCAUACAAUAUUUGUACCAGAAUAUAAAUGUGUUAAAAUGUUCCCUUCAAUUUGUGUCUUGUAUUUAUAGCAACGUAUUCUGAAGAUUUUUUUGUUGAGUGCAAAGCUUGUCCGGCUGGCUACCGUUGUCCAAAUAACAAGCGCCCGGAACCUUGCCGUUUCGCUGCGGACGUUGGAUUUUAUUAUAGCACCGAAAACAGUAAGUUUUUACAUGGUUCGAAAUAAUUUUAUAGAUCGAAAUAAUUUUAGUGUUGUAUUUAAGUUUUCAUUAACUGUUCAUUGUGUUAGUCGCAAUUAGCACAAGACGUUCAGUUCGUUCAGACGUCUCAGACUUCUUCUAAUAUAAAUACUGUACGCCCUAUGGCACUGACACGGACGUCCACUGGGGGAUGGGAGAGCGGAACUCAAUAAUUUCUGAAAGCCUUUGAUUCAGGGCUGGAAAAUGUCCGGCAGCACCGCUGCCAGGAAAUUUUUCACAAAAAUUACUCGCAGGAAAUAUUUUUGUAUCUCGCAGGAAAUUGCUAUCGAGUAGAUUUAGAUUACAAGUGUAUGGGAGAACGUAAAUCAGAUUACACUGUAUUCUGUAAAGUAAACACUACCAUUUAGGCAUUUACAGGCAACUGCGAACGUUUUUGAGUUUGUCUUUGUUAUUAAUAACAGUCUUAGUUUACGGUUCAAACGCGCAGAUUAGCCCUUACCAACGAACGUAUCAGUUUCGACCUAUCAAUCAAACAGCUUGAACAGCGAUUUACAGACAUUUCCGGAAUCUGUUGCUGAAGUUGUCAAAGAUAAUGUGAAAGAUUUGAUAAAAACCACUACCGCAAACAGGAUUUGCGCCUCCUGUUAAAGUGUUAGCAGACAAAGCAACAUGCAAGCAUCGCACUCGACAGUUUGUUGGUUUGACUAACGUAAUACCAGAUGCCGAUGACCUUCGACAAUAUAUGUUUCUGGGGCUACCAGUUAUGAAAAUUCACAUUGGGGAAGGUGUCGGCCAAAGUAUUAUAUCCGUGCUGAAAGAGUUGCAAUUUCCGAGCAAUUUCAAGGUGGAUCAGUAUUUCCACUUUUGUGUUCCUGAAGUCCUAAAUAUCCACUUUGUCACAGAAGGAAAAGACGCGUCUGUUCAUUAUGAUUAUGAUCUCAUGCACAAAGCUGGCUUGGUUGACAGUCAUAUUCGAGAAGAUGACAAUUUCAAGUUUCUGAAUAAGGUAACUGAAGUUGGUGCAGCUGUUCUCAAGAAUUUCAAUUGAGGGAAGAAUUACGAAGCACUUGCAGAUGCGUGUGAAUCCUUGGGGCAAGUGCUUGCAAAUCCAGCUAAGUAUAGCACUACUCGUUUUGCAAGUAGUGUCAGGAAAGUUUAUAUGAACUUUCGUAAGGAUUAUCGUGCAACUGUGCAGUGUCUCGAGAUGUCAAAGACUGAAAAGAGAGACGGUGGGUGACUCGAAAGAUAGGCAAAAUGCUGUUGUUGCAGAAAAAUUCAUGAAUUUCAUUUGCUGUCAAGUUCGUAUUAAGACUAUCUGGUAUAACUGAUAUUGAUGAGAAGUAUGGAGAAUUGGUAAAUGUGGUGCAGAAAGUCAACUCUCUUCCUCAUGAAAGAAUAUGUCCGAAAGAAUGAUUCAUGACACAUGUGACGCAAAAUCCUGCUCUUGGCUUGUAUAUCAUAAUGAUAUAAAACAAUUGAAUGAUACAGGUGAGUACAUGGGUGUACGAAGAGGGGCCAAAUGUAACAAGGUCUUUAGCCAGAAGAGCAAAUGCUAACAAAGCUGAAAACGUGCGAGAUAAUGUUUCAAAGCAAGUAUUGUUGCUCAUCACAUGCUUGGAGAAAGAUUUACGCGAUCAAGUCUUCUCUCAGUCAGACAAAGAAAUGAUCGAGGAUCCCAGGUUGAUUACUGAUUUGAAGACCACUGCAGUUAGAAUAAAGUUGAGAGGUGCCAUCCUUAUUUCGAAUAUAGAAAGAGCGAAGUAUAGUAUGACGACGAUACGCAAAAUAAUCCCAUCCGUUAAAGAGGUUCCGGACGAGACCAUAAUUCUUCUAUUUGAAGAAUUUCUGGUACGGCUGGAGCAAGUCGUCAGAACCAAAAGAAUGAUGAUUUCGACAGCAAAGAACUUACUAAGUUAUUUUUGCGCAGCGACAAAGAGUUGUACAAAGGAAUUGAGAUGAUUAUCCACUUCAUUUGUGUGUCCGCUGUGACAGUUUCUGUUCAAUCAGUGAUUGAAUCAUUAACAUCAAAGUUUGCGAUUCACUUCAAUAAAUUUAGAAAUGUGAAUGAGGAUACCGCGUACAACGAAAUGAUGGUCGGAGUUAAUGGUCCUUUAUCAGUCCAAUGUGAUAAAGUUGUGAUGGCGGCUAUGAAACAACAUUUCAAAGGGCAGCAUGGCAUUCGCUUUAUAAGAAGUCGAAUGACAUCAGCCUAUUUGACACAGUGGGUGUAUCUAACAAUUCUAAGGUUGUAAACAGAAUGCUGCAAGAGAAGUCAAGACUGCCGUUCAUGCAGUAUAGAAAUGAAUUGAAUAAAAAUUUCGGAAGUAUUUUUUUUAUUGUUACAAAGCUAUAGCUACUGAUGAACGUCAUGACUUCAUUCAUGAUUUUUUUUUAUCUAUAAGUAGGCUAUCUAACCUUGAUAUUUAUACAAUAAUUAUACCGUUAGUUACCUGUAAUAAUCUAUCAAUAGUAUAGAAGUAAAUGGAUAAGUACAGUACAUAGUUACAUAAGACUGAUGAGCGAUGACUGCAUCAUUGCAUGAUCAGUAAUAACAGAAACUCAGAAAGACAAAUAGUCAACUGAAUAAUUUCCCAUGCAGAACAGCCAGAAUAAAAAAAGUUAUUUCAAUGAUGUUAGAGUCAUUGAUGUUCCUGUCGACUGUCGAGUGUAGUAGCUGCUUUUUAAAAGUAUAUAAUUUCAUUUUUCGCAUUAGUGCUUGUCCUCUUAGUUAUAAAUAAAAAAAUCUCGCAGGAAAUUUUUAAUUAGUUUAGCAGGAAAUUUCUAUUUUUGGAUAUUGCUGCCAGGAAGAGAAAUACUUUAUCCAGGCCUGCUUUGAUUGAUGGCUGAAUAACUGUAUAUACAAAGCUGUAAGAAUGUUUUUCAACCAUAAAAAUAUUGUUAAGCUAUUAAUUAGGCAAAAAUGUUCAAUCGCCUGACGAGUAAACGAGUAAAAUUGUCUGGUUUUAGGUAAGGUAAAAUAAUAAAGUACGGCGCAUUGCCACUCAAAGGGAUAACAUGACACACGGGUACAGUAAAUACUGUAGUCUAAUCGUCAGUAAAAUAGUCUGUCGUUAGACAGAGUAAAAUAAUUUGGCGUUAGGCAGAGAAAAAUAAUAAAGUAGGGCACAUCGCUAUCUACAGUAGAAAGUUAAGGAACGAAGAUUUCCAGCUACAAAAGGUGGUCAUAUGUUGGCAUCCUAGUUUGUCCGCGCCAUAUUUUGCGACUUGUCUGACACUGAUAAUGUCUAUCUUCUUUUACAGUGCUUGAUUGCAUGAAAUGUCCGAACCGCACUACUGGGAAAAUAUGUCCCUCGUCAAAGGAGCUGCCAAGUAGCUGCCAAAGUGGAGAAAUACCGAACACCGAUGCUACAGCGUGUUCUUCAUGUCGCGCUGGAUAUUACUGUUCAGCUCCCAAUUUCGAAGAGGUUGAAUGUGCGCCAGGGCAAUGGAGUCUGGCAGGUGCGACACAGUGCAAUGAAUGUCCCCGUGGAUUUGAAUGUCCCACUAAGCACAGCCUUCCCAAAGAGUGUUCAUCUGGGAGCUAUGCGUCCAAAGAGAACUCAGAGUCAUGUACACAGUGUCCCGCUGGCUCUUCGUGCGCAAAUACACGGGAUUCUCCGAAACCAUGUGCAGCCGGUGAGUUUUACAUUGUAUUUUGUACGUUGUUAGUUGUAUAUUGUAAAUAUACGUUGUACUGUAGGUUUGAGGUGUAGUUUCGAGAUUUGUACAAUGAUCAAAUUUUGGAAAUUUGAUGAAAAUAGUGGAACGAAGCAGAAUGUCCCAUGUUCACUAGCCGCGAGCAGGCUACAUCAUGUUUCAAUAAAGUGUCUGUUUGCGAAGGGCGAGUUUAAUAUUUUUGUACAUAUUAGAAUAAUUAGGAAAAGGUACAGUACAGCCCUAAUGAAAGUUAACCAUUCUCGCUCGAUGCUAUCGAGGAAAAUGUUUCGAGUAUCGAGAUCUCGAAACCCACUCGAUAAAAAUUCUCGCUCGCUCGAUAGGCUUCUCGAAACGCGCUUCGCGUUACUCGAUACACAAAAAUUUUGCGAGAAGCGAGAAAUCUCGAUGCAAACAUUCUCGAGAACUCUCGUAACAAGAAAUCUCGAUGCAUCCAUUCACGAGAAUUCUCGCAGCGCUAUACUGCGUGUAAAAUUUUUCGCAAGAAGUAACGUUGCUUCGCAUGUCCGUGCGAAAACACGGAGUAAACUGAAAAUAACAAUACAGAGUCAAUUCUUGACUGAUCUUUAAGGACAAUAUUAAAAUCCAGAAACAUUAAAAACCACAAUCAAUAUUUUGAAAUAAAGACGAAAUACAAUCUACGAAUAAUAAGUAUUAUUUUACCUACAAAAAAUAUCAACUUCGCUUUCCAUGCCUUUCCAUUCAGCAUCACUUGGACGUCACUUCCUUUGACCGCGAUGACUACUUUAUUUGCGCUCAGUAACUUCUCACGCGACACAUACGCGACACCACUAAUAGUGUCUUGUCAGCGUAAAAGUAAACUAACUAACUAAGUGAAACUUCGUCAAGUUUCUUGAGGACAUCGCGUUCUUAUUUCUAUUUCUAUAAUAUCUCUCAGAGCAGGCUCACCGACAGACAUCAAAAUACGCUUCAGAUCUCAGUAUAAAUCAGACAGCAUGUUUUUCACUGACAUCAUCUGUAACGCUCUUUUGUUUUCGAUAAUCCAUACGAGACAAUAAGUUGUCGAUGGAGUUCCUGUUAUUGUGGUUAUAAAGAUGGUGCAUGAAUACAGAUUCUGUCACUAAAUGCAAUCAACCGAAGCGAACUAACAUUAUCUAUAGCCUAAGGCUAUAAUUAUAUAGAUUGCUUUUAGUGUAUAUGAGUCACACCGUAAAAUUUUGGAAAUAGUCUUAUUUUCUAUUUCUAACGAGUAGGUUGAACCGCUAAUUCUAAUAAAGUAUAUAAUAGAAAGAGCGUGUUUUUACUGACACUAACAUGUAACACUUCGAAUAAACAGACGCUGAUUUAACCAGGGAAUUUUGUUUAUCUUGUAGUUGGGUAAAGGUGAGUAACGAAAUAAUAUAACCGCUAUCACCCUAUCAUUGUUAUAUUUUUAGGGAACUGGUAAAUAUAUGUCAAAAUAUGUGACGUUUGCCAUGCAAGGAAACGGCAAUUAUCAUCCUACAGAAUAUUUCGCCACAUGUUGGUCAAACUCUCGCUCGAUUUCGGACGAUACAAACAAUUUUCGAGAACCCUCGCUCGAUAUCUAAGUAAAGUCUUCGAGAACACUCGCUCGAUAAUUUUCGAGAACACUCGCUCGAUAUUAAAAUUUUUCGAGAACGCUCGCUCGCUUCGCGCUCGCAUUCUCGCAACUCGCAGAUUUCUCGUUAGGGGCCAAAUCGCGCUCGAUAGCCUCUCGCUCGAACUCGCAACUCGCUCGUUACACGAUGUUAACUUUCAUUAGGGCUGUACUGUAAACCGAUUGCAUACAGUGUAGCUUUAAUUUUUAGAGGGCUACUAACAAAAAAAUAUGAUCUUUGGUAAGGGUAAUAAUUUGUAAUGUAUAAUUUAUCUUUGGUGGAAAAAAGUCAUAUUAUAUUCAUCAAGUUUUUCAAUGCUAAAUUUGGCGUCAUCUAAUGUAAACUUUAUCUCAUGAUACCGCAUAUGGUGUCAUUAGAUUAAUUUUAGCAGCAAGAAACAAAAAAAUAUAUAAUUUGCAAGUUAUACUGUACCUAUAAUGAGACCACAUCCGGGAACACUGGAUCCUAUAGAUAAGUGUAAAAGUUGAUGAAGAUGACUUUAUUUAGUACACACGCCUGUAUAACAUUUAUGUUUAGAAUCACCAGAAUAUUACACAUAUCAAAAAUCCUAUUUUGGAAUUUGCGGCGUUUUAAGGACAGCCCUUUUGUAAGGAUAGUUUAGGCCUUAUACUUUACCUAAAAACAAAUUAAUACUUUGCAGGUUCAUUUAGCACUGUUGGUCAGACAACAUGUACCAGCUGCCCACCAGGUUAUGCAUGUGCCAACGCUUCUUCUCCUACCAGGACGCAAUGCCGCAGUGGAGAAUACGCAACUGGAAAUGCCAUUAAAUGUCAACCCUGUCAAAGGGGCUACUACUGUCCAUCUAUAAGGUUAGAGUUCUUCGUCGUUGAGACCAUUAGAUUAGUACAGUAUACUGUGUGAAUAACCACCAUUUCUGAUUGGUCGUUGAACUGUUUGGCUUUAUCUUGGAUUGCGGUAUACACAGCAUCUCCAGCCCAGAGGAAGCGUUUAAUCAUUGAAAAAAUUAUAUACAUAUACGAACUAUAUAAAUUGGAAUAAUAAAUUCAACACGAGAAGGAAGAACUACUGUAUAGAUUGAAGUUUAUUGACUUUGAAUGUUUAAAUGGAAAUUCCAGAGUAUCUGAUUCCAUUAGUUAGCGAUAAAGGCACUGGUGCUUGGAAGGAAGGCACCUUAGGUUUAAUUUGUCCCAGUCACUAAACUAUGAAUGAGGACUCUCACUAAUAUUGGUCUUGCCCGUCAGCAGAUUGGACUUGACCACAAUAUCUUCCCUAUUCGGAUUGUUGGUUUUUUUCAGGAUAGCCUUAGAAAUUCCCUGUCCUCCUGGCACUUACUCUGGUUAUGGUCAGACUUCAUGCACAAACUGUCCUCCCGGUAAAAUGUGUCCCGACACUGAAGGUAACGGUAUUCGUGACUGCAAUCUGGGGGAGUACUCGAUUGGUAAAGCAACAAGUUGCACCCCGUGUCCUAGUGGAUUUGCCUGUACAAAUACGUCUAGUAAUUUCAAGGUGGAAUGUCAACUUGGAACCUUCUCAACUGGUCAGCAAAUGGCGUGUACAUCAUGUCCAGCUGGAUCGUAAGUAAAUCAUGUUACAUAUUUCUCUGAAUAAUGAUUGUUGGAAUAAUAAUUGUUGGCAAGUGACUGGAGCUAACUGCAAAUCUGGGCCAGAAGGUCUUGUGCAUGCUACAUCUAGAAUACAUGUAGUAGAAAAUUUCAAUUUCGCCCAAUAUCUUUUUGCAAAUUUUACCAGAUUUAAUGGGUAUCUCUUUUCUCUUUUCAAACUUUGUCUGGUUUAACUAUUUUCCUACCAAAUUUUAUUUAUCGAAUCUCAAGUCGUCAAGCCCUGAGUUACUGUAUGUUUCUUGUAUACAAGCAUGGCAUUUACAAACUUACUGUAGAUCCAAAAGGCCCCGUCCACACGUAUCCGGAUUCGUUUGAAUCCAGAAAUAUUUUGUAGCAGAUUCCAAAAUUACGCGUCCAUACGUAUCUUGAUUCGUAAGAUACGUAUGUUGCGUUUUCGACCGUCCACUUCCGUCCAUACGUAUUCUGUAUAUGGCAACCAACGUACUGUACGAGCGUGCUCAGCGUGGACUGGAUUCUAUAUAGCUACAGUAUCUGCUGUUGGCGUCGGUAGAUCUCAAAUUUCAUUGACUUGUGCCAUCGUUUUAAAAAGGUUCCGGUUACAGUCCGUCAUUAGACUACGCGCAGGCUAUAUGUCCACAUGUAUCUGGAUUCCUUACGUUUUCUAAGGUUUCCACUCUGAAGACCGUACGUUUUCCAAAGGUUUCGAUGUGGGUUUUCCCUGGAAGGAGUAUCCCAAGAAAAUGUUUUCGAAUGCAAACGAACCCAUGCAGAUAGGUGUGAACGGAGCCUCACAUUAAACCUGAAAUGCCAUUCCGUGGCUGCCCUCCAGUUUUUCGAUACAUAGUACGAUGGAUGCUCAAUUACCAGAACGUUCUCAGGAAAUAUUUUUCAGCUGCUGCGAUGUGAAGGAUGUACAACUACAGUACAUUGUACAUGAAAAAUAUAUGCAAAACGUCAACGUCGGACGAAGGCCCUUUAUCACAGAACAAAAUAUUUGCCAUUUCGUGAGAAACAUCACGUUAUUACCACGUAUAUUUUAAAACUCACUGAAGUUUGUCUGAAAUUGCCCCGACAAAUCACAGGGUGUAAAGUUGUAAACGUAUGGGAAAUAUGUGAAAAUUCUGAAUUUCACAUAUAAAUCUUGCACUUGCGCAUGUAAAAUGUUCUAAUUCCUACAUAAUUUACAUUUUAAAGAAUAGAUGAAAUUUUCAUAAGUGCGCGGAUUUUUUUAAGGGUAUCUCUUUUCGCUCAUACGUACAAUAUAUCCGCACUUAACAGAAGGUCAUUUAUCUAUCCCCCUUUUGAAUAGAUCUUGUGUUUAAUGAUGUUUAUGAUAUGUAUAUACAGGUACUGCCCAAGAACAGACAAGAACUUGGUGAACUCUUGUGACAAUGGUUACUACUCCGUUGCAAAUUCCUCGAGAUGUACAAGGUGCCCUCCUGGGUACAAAUGUCCCCACAAAAAUCGCGACUUUCAGUAAGUAUUGGCAUUCAUUAGUUUUAAAUAUUGGUUCUGUUUUAAUUGAAAUAAAAGUGACGACAAUAAGUCUACGAUUCGCAAAUAUCUAACAUAUCUUAAAUGACCUGCAUAAUUAAUUGAUAUACUCUAUGACCUGCAUAAUUAAUUGAUAUAAUGAAGUGUACAGUUUAACCAACUUGCGUGUUCAUGAACAUAAUAUCUAAUGCCAAGUGUCUAUUAUCAGGCAAGAGCUUACUCUGAAUAUAAUCUUGAAGGGUCAGUGCUAGUGUAGGUAGUACCAAUAAUAACAAAACUUCGGUUGAUUGAUAGGGGUACAACUACCUGAAAAAUAUACAAGGAGAGCUUCGACGUUUCGAGCAAAGUCACUUCGUUGGGAAGUUAGUAGCCUGCUAAGUUCCCAACGAAGGGCCUUCGUUCGAAACGUCGAAGUUCUCCUUGUAUUUUUCAAGUAGUUGCAUCCCUAUCAAUCAAUCGAAGUUUUGUUACUCUGAAUGUGUAUGAAAUAUUCAGCUAGCAUACCGCUUCUUCUUUUUUAGAGAGAUAUGUCCAAACGGUACAUAUUCACUUGGCGGACAGAUCGAUUGUACUCCUUGUCAUCCGGGUUUUUCUUGUAAGAAGAGAACUGAAGGUCCACAGAAAUGCAUACAAGGCUACUACAGUGAAAAAAACAAACCAAUAUGUAGUCCUUGUUUAGCCGGCUAUCAAUGCUCUGAUCCAGCAGGUAUGCUUCAAUGCACUUGAAGACGCCUGGUGGGCAAAGCCGGAUUUUGCUGGGAAUAGUGAGGGAGAUGCGAAAACAAAAAUUAGGGGAGGCAUGGCUUUAUCCAAGCACCAACUGACCUCCGGUAAACGGAGGUCAAAACUCAAUCUUGGAUUGAGUUUUUAAACUGAAUCUUUCCCCAACGAAAAGAAAAAUCAACAAAAAUCAUUUUCACACGCUUUAGUUUUUGGAAGUCCGAGCAACAAGGUUGUUUGAGCUGGGUUUUUUUAAACUAAAACGACAUGUUAUUGUUUAUGUUAUAAAGCUACCUCUAUAUAUCGUGUAUUUUGUGUCUUGUGCAUGCCCACCAUGCUUAGAUGGCAUGCAUUUUUGGAUUUCUGAUAAAAAUUUCGAUCAAAUCAGCACAAAAUGAAAUGGGAUGACUGAAGAAUAACAAAUAUUACUAAUAGAAAGUCAAUUUUUCCGGCUAAAAUCUAAAGAGUGAAAAAGCUGGAGAAAAAAUACGCUGGAAUACGAGUACAUCGAUGCAUAGCCUCUUUGGUAUUGGGCAAUGUUUAUAUAAGAUUACAUCAUUCAAAAACAACGCGGUUACAUUCAAGCAACGUGGCGGUAAAACAUAGUUUAAGAUGCUACACUACGAGAGACUACAUUCGUGCUUCAUAAAAACUGAAUCUUCGUUUCUAAAACGGGGGUCAGCGAAAGUGCUUAGAUAAAGCCCUGGGGAGGUGCAGCAGUCUAGCUCACGACCCCCAUUGAAAAUUAGGGCGUAGGAUGGGCCAAAGUCAACGACGUGACGUAUGCAUGUAGUGUACAUACUGUAUGUAUCAGUGUGUUAAUGAAUUACGACUGUACAACUCAUCCAAUUUUGCCCGUCAUUACAAUUACUGUCAACCUUUUUUCAAAACAUUGCAUUAAAAGAGAGUUGACACAGAGAUGAAUGGCUGUCACUGUUUCAAUUUUACAGAAAAACUUUCUUGCGAGGUGUAGACCCAUACAAGCAAAGAUGUCAAAUUUUCACUUUGAUUUAUCAUUAUUGAAACUUUCCCAGGAGAGGUGCAUGACUUUUCAGGGCAGGUGCAAAAAUUCUCAGAGGAGGUGCAAAACGAUCUCAGGGGAGGUGCGCACUUCCUCUACACCUCCCUCAAAAUUCGGUUAUGAUGGUGGGUCGUGGGUAGAAGGCCGUGUGCGUGUACCACGACCAAAAACUGGAAAAACAUGCACGGAGAUAUAUUACGAAUACGGUUUGAUCAUUCACAUAAAGUCGUGUAUGAUUGGCAUAAAGUGAUUCGUGAUGUUUUUAUGUGAGGUGCAUAUAUUUAGUGUAACCGUAUUGCUCAUAUAUUGGUGUCAAAAUAUAGUUUUAAUAAUACCAGUGGUCUUCUUUACUGGUACAGUCAAAAGUGAUACCAUGAGCCUUUGUGCGACCUUUAAUGUCAUUAGAACGCUUUUAACUCUAUAUUUUUUCUUUCAAUAGUUCCUGUGAAAUGUCCAACUGGGACACAUUCUGGUCCAGCCUCCUCUCUAUGUUAUGCCUGCCAGGCUGGCUAUAUCUGCCAAGAAGGCUCUUCGUCGUCUACGCCAUCUGAUGGUAAGUGCUUGUACAAUGCAGAAUGGCUCAGUUUCGUACUUCUUAUGGAAUCCAUUUCAGGUGAAGUGUUGUUCAGAGUACCGACCAUGAUGAAAUAAUAAGUGGUUAUCGUCCCUACCACUGGUACCGACCGUUUAAUUAAAUGAUAUAAUGCACAUUGCCUGAACCAACUCCGAAUACUUGAACUUAAGAUGUUAAAAAAAGAGGAGACAAAUUUGAAGAGUAAUACUUUGUCUUCAAAGUUUUUGCAAACCUGUAUAAACAGCAUUGUAUUAACUUUUUUUCUCUUGUUUUUUUUUCCACAAAACGUCAGUUUCUGUCAUAACAUUUCAUCCAAUUGACCGCCAAUACGACCAGCUACAGGUCUCAAACAAAAUACUCUUGAUUACAUUUCAAGUAUCGUAAUGAGAUCGAAACCAACGAUUGUGUUUCGGGGUGUGCAAUGCCCCCCCCCCCUCAACCUUCGCUUUUCCGUUGAUAGGUGUUUGUAAGCCAGGUGGUUGGUGCGAUGGCAGGACUUUUCAUCCAUGUCCAUUCGGCACUUACAAUCCAUUGAAUGGUUCCACUUCUGCCGUCAAGUGCGUGGCUUGCCCGGCGGGAUACUACUGUAUGGAUACAGGCUUGGAUUCGUACUUGAGCCACCCUUGUCCUGCUGGUCACUAUUGCCCUACUGGUACAAAGUAUGAUACCCAGUUUCCUUGUCCGGCCGGAACAAACUCUAGCCUUACCAAUCAGACAACUAUCGAAGGCUGCAAACCUUGCCCGGAAACAUUGUACUGCCCCGGUGGCUCGGAAAUGGGUCAAAUCUGUCCCGCCGGUUAUUAUUGCCCGGAGGGGACAGGAGCCCCGCGUCGAUACGCAUGCCCGAUUGGAACAUAUAGCUCCAGUCUUGGACUUAAGAAUGGUACAGAAUGUAUUGAGUGUCCUGUAGGUCACUACUGCCCUGACGGAUCACAAAACCAACCCACCGUAGCACCUAUUCCAUGUCCACCUGGGACUUAUAAUCCCAAGACAAGGAUCGGAUACCUUUUAAAUUGCGAACCUUGUCCUUCUGGGUAUGCGUGCCCGCGUGCGGGUCAGAAAAUAUAUAACGACACCUGUCAAGAGGGUUAUUAUUGUCCAAAUGGAACUAUUUCACCAUCACAGUAUCCAUGCCCUCCUGGAACCUACACCAACCGUACGGACCUCAACAGAGCAGAGGAAUGCACGCCGUGUCCACGUGGUAAAUCAUGCGGUUGGGCAACCGCCGUGAACUUUAACAAGUGGAACGUUUGUCAGCAAGGACAUUAUUGUCCUUUAGGUUUGUAUACACCGUUUUCUGUCCUGUUGUCGUAAAGGCCAUGCGUCCAUGGAAUUUAGGAACAUUUGAAAAUAGUGGACAUGGAAGGGUUUGAUUGGAUCGAAUCAAAACUAAACACGUAAAAAUGCACAAUUUAUAACAAACCUACUGUAGAGUUGUAUCCAUUUCAUGACAUGACAUGACUAAAUUGAAUGAAUGAUAAUAAUGAUAGUGAAUGAUAACAAACUAAAUUUAGAUUAACUAAACAAAUUUGAUUUCUGCCAUGCAGAUACUGUAGCUCAAUAAGUCCUAAACUAAUUUCUCUGGAGGUUCACUAAGAGCUAGGUAUGUCCUGUCCCUGUGUUUGUACAGGAGGAAACCAUAGACGUUAAAAGCACGUGAACUAACCACUGUUUCAUCAACACUCCAGUUCAUGCUUGUUCCCCACAUGUUCCAGCAGGUUGAUCACAGACAUGUACAGUGUCAUGCCAGGAAAUAUUUUACCGAUGUAUGUUUUGCUAGUAUUCCCAAAGGUCGUAGGUUCGAUUCCCACCGUGGCCAGGCAUAUUUUUCAAGCCUGCCCGAUGUGGAUAUACACUCAGAGUAACAUUACAAGCAUGAUAUUUGUUUUACUAAUAUAUUACUAAACGGCAACCUAACGGACGUCAUGUGUUUCUGGUGUAGGUACACCGUCACCAACAAAGUACCCCUGUCCUCCUGGUACAUAUUCAAACAGCUCCGAUCUCUUUGCUCCUGAGCAGUGCACAGGAUGUCCAGAGAGGAGUUAUUGUCCUGGGGGAGAACCUUACCCCCGAGGAUUGUGCCCACCUGGUUAUUAUUGCCCUGCUCGGACAAGAUUUGCUCAGGAGUUCCCGUGUCCUAACAGAACGUAUAACCUUCACUAUAAUAAGUCGGAGGAAAGCCAAUGCGAAGAAUGCACAUUGGGACAUUUUUGCGAACUUGGAACUGUUAAACCGAUUCCUUGUCCUAUAGGUAAGAAAAUUGUUUAAUUUGAAUGAGGCAGACACAAGGUCACCCCUCAAUAACCUUAGACAUUUGUGUAGCAUAAAUAGUUUUCCUGCCCUCAAUAUAGGGUAUCUUGCUACCUAAAAUCAGCAGGGCAUCUGUAGUGCAGACACUGAAGAGGCACAGAAAGGUUCCCUAGCUUAUUAGAGAGGUUACAUAAAAGUUAUUUAAAAGAUGAUAUAAUAUGUCGGGGCAUUGGAAACGUCCCGUAGUAAAGCUAGAGGUGUUCGUAUUAACGAGGUGUCUGAAAGGGGAUGUUCGCGAUUGUUAACGUUACCCUGUUUAAAUAAUGCAGUGAGGAACUGAUCUCAUCGUAAAGUAGUAGAACGCUAACAUUAAUUUAUCAUGAUCAUUAGGUACGUACAUGCCAUACGGAAAGAACACGACAAGUGAUACAUCAAAUGGCGUUGCUGCAGGUUAUCAAUCUGAUUGCGUUUCAUGUACCAUGGGUUACUACUGCUUAAACGCCACCAUUAACCCCUAUCCAUGCGGUAAAGGCAAGUAUAGUAAGUCUGGACAGUCAGAUUGUCCUUCAUGUCCAGCUGGACGAUAUUGCGAUAUUGAUGCUACAGGCUAUGAUGAGAUGGAAGCUAAUAAAACAUGCCCAGCUGGUAAAUACUGUAGUGGAGGAUUGAAAGAUGUCAGUGAAGCCAAGGAAUGUUCAAAGGCACAUUACUGCCCCCAAGGUAAGCGUAACUAUUUCUCAUUAACGUUCAUUUGAUUAUUUUCAAAGGGCGGCAGUUCUUGCAAAGAAGAAAAAUUGGUGAACUAUUGAUUGGCCAACUCAUAAGUGUAUAUGCUACCUCUAGUAAAUACUGACAACGAUGAAGCAGAUGCUAGCUACCUCUUUAAUUCGUAUGUACAAAACUUGCAUACUUUACAUAAAUUCGAAAAUUUGAAAGUAUGUCGAUGUUUUGACCAAAUAAGCCUGUAUGGAGUGUAAAUAAGAUUUCCGGAAGGUUGUCCUCAUGCACUAUUUAUAUUUAAUAAAUAUUUUUAGACAAGUGUUUGUCCCAAGAGCACAAGUGUUCAACUAGGCGACUCAUACUAGGAAUAUUUACAUGAAUAUUAUAGUGUGCAGUAUUUUUUAAAGACACAAAAACAAAACUAAGGACUGCAUGAUGCUACACAUGUACUCUAUGACAGAGGAACGACCUAUAUUUAGGUUAAACGUCUACAAUUUGUGAAAAAUAAUACCGUACAAUUUAGUUAUGUACAUAUAGAGGUACGCAUUUUCGUAAUCUUGUCAAAAAGAGCUAGUUUAUAGAACUUUCUAGAUCUCAUUUAAUUGUUCCCAUGCAAGGUUGCCACUGGUAAAUGUAAUAGCGAGUAACUCAAUUUCUGUCUUCAUUUUGUGAAGAAAAUAAAAUAAAUGAAAAGGGAAUAAAGAUAAUAAAUGAACGUGGCACCGUUCUCACUAUCAUCAUAAAAAAUAAUCGAUUAAUAAACAAAUCGUGACACACACAAGACGUGAUAUGCUUGUAGUGAUCAACCAAUUGUUUUUCUAACCAACCAAUCAGAAGACGAGAUCAAUUUCCAACCCUAGUUCAAACCUAACAUUGGUUAAUGUUAAGCCUGUUUUCCCUAGCGAAUUUGUUCGCGCGAAUCUUUUGUAUUAUGAGCUCUCGGCUGGAACUAAUUAGAUUUUUAAUCAAUUCUUUUCAAUUUAAACAUUAGAAAAUUCGCUAGCUUCGCGCGAAGAAAUUCGCUAGUGGAAAACAGGCUUUAGAAGCCAAUUUUCCCAAUGUUAUUGUUGUGAAUACAACUGACAAAUUAUAUCGGGCCUUCUAUUUUGUAUCCAGGAAGUGAAGAAGAGAUUCCCUGUCCAGCUGGAACAUUCAAUCCAGAAGUGAAUGGUUCUAGUAUAGCAUCAUGUCGGCCAUGCACUGCUGGAUCCUACUGUUUAGAAAAAUCCGAAGCACCGAACGGAGUUUGUGAUAAAGGUUUUUAUUGCCCGACUAAUAUUACCAAUGGUGUUUCCACGCUGAUCAUUGGCUCGUAUGGCCCUAAACAAAUCCCUUGCCCACCAAAGACGUUCCGUAAUACGACUGCAGGUCGUACCGUCGGUGACUGUUAUCGUUGCCCAGUGACUAGCUAUUGUCCACAAGGUAGCGAAAUACCUAAACCAUGUCCUCGUGGAUAUUACUGUCCACCAGACGUGAGCGAACCACAGCCUUGUCCUAUUGGAACGUACGCAAACAGAACAGAACUUGGAGCACUUGAAGAAUGCACAAAUUGUACUAAAGGCUG